UAAAUCAUUUACUGCGAACCUGCUGCAACCUUGUAGCUACCAAAAAUUAUUGAAUGAGCCGAAGAGACUAAAAAAUCCAAGAGCUAAGGGUAGUAAGGGAUCAAAAUGAUCCUCUUUAGCUGCCUGAGGAUCGCUCCUGGACAGGGGACACGACAAAUGUUUAGUCUAGCGAUAAAAACACCACAAACAAAAAGUGAAAUCUUGAAAUCAAAGUCGGCCCUGCAAGAACUGGUGAGAAGUGCACACUAUGGAAAUGGUUAUAUUGGUGUUCCAAGAUUUGGAACCAGGAUCAAGGAAUAUUAUGUGCGAGAUGAUCUGAUAAAGUAUUUCUGGAUUGCCAUGGCCCCUGUUGCUGCUUUAGGACUUGUCAAUACUUAUAUAGGUCCAGCUGAAUUAAAGGAUAUUCCCGAGGGAUAUGAACCACGCCACUGGGAAUACUAUAGGACUCCAGUUCAAAGAUUUAUGCACAAAUGGGUUUAUUCAUCAUAUGAACAGGCUUACGAAAGGAAUCUGCAUACCAUUGACCUGAAAUGUAGGAGGAAAAUUGCAAAGAGUAAACACCAUAUGGUGGAUGAACACAUGAGAUACAACAAGGACUACAAGGGAUGGUACUACAGCGAUGACAGGAGAAUCGAGGGAGUUAAGAUUCACGACGAGAUUUACAAGGAUAAGGGUAUCUUCCGAGAAUUCUUCUACGGACGUCCCCCCUACAACAGAUCCACGAGGCUCAGGGACUAAAAAGCCGACCUAGAAAAUUCAUUUUGUGACUUUUAUAACGUGCAGUUACAGUCUUUGAGGAUUAUUAAAAGUACAUGAAAUUUGUUA